AUGACAGCGAGCAAUGCAACUGCACUCGUUGCAAACCGUGCAAACAGGAUCCUCGUCGCUGUAUGUGCAAUUGAACUUCCGGACAGUCACGCUGUAGGGCUCGCAGCAUACCUCAAAGCCGCACGCGCUGGCCCCUCUCCCAAUAGUGACGACGAGGAUGCUCCGUCAAACGGUCGGGUAGUUGCCUCUGGGUGCAGCCGGGUCAGGCGCGUUCUUGCUGCCCAUGUCAUAGAUGGCACCAGGCACAUCCUCGUCAACUGGGCUGGUCAUUCGGUACCGACUUGGGAGAUUGAUGACGGCGAGAUCAAGCACAAUCUCUCGUGCGCUCAUCUCGACAAGGAGGUCUCGGAUGAGUCGCUAGCUUUCCAGGAGAAGCUCGGUCCCGACGUAUACACCGCCUUCGGGGGUGAUCUUGAAGAGCUGGAUUGCUGCUCUGACGCCACCUGCAAUGUUUUAGUGCAUGGCCUCGACUAUCACACGUACUACGAUGCGUCUGAGAAGGGUACUGUGAGUUGCUCAGUCACCUAG